AUGCUAUUGCCUACGAGCACACGCCUGAGUCUUUCGGGCCUGCAACCAGGAGGGCCCGUCGCAGUCGGUGAGAAUAAUGAGUCAUAAAUCAAAUGAGCGCAAUCGUAACAGACGGGCGCGCGCAGUACAGUGCAACGGAUUUGAAUAUCUCCAUCUGCCCCCGGUUUCGAUAUCCUCGCGCCGACAACGCCUGUCAGGUAGUAUUCAUACUACUGACAUAUCCCUCAUACGAUGUCCUGGACGAAUUCGUUUCAGCCUCCACCACUACCAGAUGCAUCCGCGCUGUGGGGUCCCGAUCCUUAUGACCUCAACUUCGCCUUCCCUAUCCACUCCUCCACGCUCCAGAACGCCCUCGUGGCCAUCGUCCCCUUCAUCCCCCGCGUCCACGCCGAGGCAAUCUACAACGCCUUCGGUUCCGACGCUGACAAGGCUAAGCUCUUCAAGUACUUACCAUGGAGCUUCCCCAACCUCGAGACGAUGCUGGGAUUGCUCGAAGUGGCGGUCAGGCGCGACCCGGGCGGGUGCUUGUUCGCGGUCAUCGACAAGACCGCGCCGGGGCCCUUCGCGUUCGCGGAGGACGGGCAGGGCAGCGGUGCGCUGGCAGGCAUCAUCGGCAUCAUCAACGGCUCUCCCCUGCAGCUGACCGCCGAGCUCGGAGCGUUGACGAUCCUGCCUGGAUACCAAGGAACGCACGUCGCGAGGAACGCGGUCGGCUUGAUGCUGCAGUACUGCCUGGAGUUGCCCACGGCGGAGAAGGCUGGAUUGGGCUUAAGGAGGGUCGAGUGGUUUGCCCAUCAGGAUAACGUCCCCAGUAGGAAGACGGCGGAGAAGAUGGGGUUCGUUGAGGAAGGCCUGACGAGGUGGAGCUGGGUUCUGCCCCCGGAUAAGGAAGGCCUCGACGUACGAUCGGGGGAUCCAAAAGAGGAUGGAAAGGGUCGGCACAGUGUGGUGUAUUCUCUGUGCUGGGACGACUGGGAGGGCGGAGCAAGAGAGAGGGUGCAGUCGGUCUUGGAAAGUAAGAAAUAAGUCUGUCGAUGCGGUACAAUAGGAUUAGCUACGCCUCCGAGUAAUUGGUCGCUCAGGUACUUACAGGCCGUCUCGAAUUCUCUGCGUAUGUUACCGCCCCCAUCCAUUCAAGUCUUCGC